CUGCGUGGGACCUUGUACAGCCUUCACGGUCCCCGCACAUCUCGCGAUGACAGCAAGAAAACGCGGUCUUCUCUUUUUUUUUUGCCCACAAAGUUCUCGUCGUUCAGCGGCACAGCGGCGCCAACAGCAGCAACAACAACAGCAGCAAUGGCUGCUUUCCGACGACUGGCAGCGCUGGCCGGUAAAAUGAACCUCUUGGCGGCCGUGAGGUACGAGCUAGUCGGCGGUCAGACGGUCGGAGGAGGAAGGACGCGGAGGGGUCUGGCUGUCGGGACGUGUCUGGCGACGGGAUCCGCCGUGGCGCUGUGCUUCUACCGCGACACAGGCAGCAAGAGGAUGGAGAGGCACCGCGUCACCGGGCCGCUCCCGGUCAUGCCGACUGUCGAAGCCAAGGAGAAGGAAAGUCCAUUUGACUUUGAGGAUGGAGACGUCUACAUGUCGUCACACGAGCAUCGCUUCCGCAUUUUCAGCACCGUAGAGUAUGACGGACAGCUCUACAUGACACCGCAGAACUUCAUCGAGUCGGUCACCAUGAGCGAACCCAGAAACAAGAGGCCCUGGAGGUCCCUGGCCAAGCAGGAGCUGGAGAAAAUUUUGUCAGAGACUCCCCCAGUGUGGAGAGGAUCCUCCAAACUGUUUCGCAACCUGAGAGAACGAGGAAUCAUCUCAUACACAGAGUACCUGUUUCUGCUCUGUAUCCUGACAAAACCUCAUGCUGGCUUCAAGAUUGCUUUCAAUAUGUUUGAUGCAGACGGCAACCAGAUGGUGGACAAGAGGGAGUUCUUAGUGCUUCAGGAGAUCUUCCGGAAAAAAAAUGAGAAGAAAGGGAGGAAAGGAGAUGUUGAGAAGUCAGCACAGUUGAGUAUGCAGCUCUAUGGAUAUCAGGUUGCCCCCAUGAACAGCGUGCUAAAAAAAGACAGUCAGGAGUUUGUGGCCCGGAGUUACUGGGACGUUCUGAGGCGAAGCGCCAGUCAAGUCCUCUUUUCUGACCUGGCAGAGCGAGCCGAUGAGAGUAUCACGAUUGACACCACCCUUUUGGUCCAUUUCUUUGGGAAGAAAGGGAAGGCAGAGCUUACAUUUGAUGACUUCUACAGGUUUAUGGAUAACCUUCAAACAGAGGUGUUGGAAAUUGAGUUUCUGACCUACUCUAAGGGGAUGACCACCAUCAGUGAAGAAGACUUUGCCAAAAUCCUGCUUCGAUUCACCAAUGUGGAAAACAUCAGCGCCUACCUGGACAAUGUCCGCCAUUGUAUACCUGAUGAGAAGGGAAUCACCUUUGAUGAGUUCAGAUCAUUCUUCCAGUUUCUCAACAACCUCGAGGACUUUGCCAUUGCCAUGCAGAUGUACAAUUUUGCUUCUCGCUCCAUUGGACAAGAUGAGUUUGCAAGAGCAGUGUAUGUGGCCACUGGGCUGAAGCUGACACGGCACCUCGUGAACACCAUCUUCAAGAUCUUCGACGUGGAUCACGACGACCAGCUCUCCUACAAGGAGUUCAUCGGUAUAAUGAAGGACCGGCUGCACAGGGGAGGAAGGGGCUAUAAAUCUGCCGAGCGUGCCACCUCUUUUAAAUCCUGUCUGAAGAAGGAGCUGGCGGGCAGAUAAGUAACACCUACAACCAAAAGUCGGAAACUGCUUAAACCACUUUACAUUCAUAUCUGGGGUUUAUGUAUUUUCGCUGUUUGCUCUUUGACUUGUGUUACCUCAGUGCGUUAACAAAACAAGUACAUUUGAGCUUGAACAGGGGACAACCACUUCUUUAAUAACGUACACCUCCUUAAGAAAUACACACCUGGGAAUAUUUGUGGAUAUAGCAUAAAAAGAAGUGAGUUCUGAAUCGCUGCUUGACCGUGUCUCCCUUUGCCCGCUGUUUACCAGGUGAAGGCCCGACACCACCUGCGCCCCCGGCUGCCUUCGCUCUGGGCCCAAAAGAGCGCCAGCUCUUCAGGGAGGAGGUACAAGGAGAAUCCGUAGUGGAGGAGCGGAAAAGAAACAUAUGGAGGAGGUCUGAUGAUUUCCAACUGACCUCUAUAUAGUCAGACUGAUGCUCUGUAAGAUGAUAACAAGGAAUUGUUUUCAUCUUCGUCCAUGCCAAGUAUGAUUUACAGUAUGCAGCAAAAUACAGAGUUAGAUGAGACUUAACUCUUCCAGCAUGGCACCUAUUGGAAAUUAUUUCUAUUUUGGUGACGUCUUAAAUAAUGGAGCUUUAAAAAUGUACUUAUUUCGAAUGGCUUAUAAAUGCAUGGUGUCCAUUUUAUAAGAAUAUUACAUAGAUGUUACUAAGCAAAUUUCCACAAUAUUUAAGUUAGAUCAACGGAAUUACAUUUUUACUUAAUAUAUGGCGUUCUAAAUGACUUAUCAAAAUUACGACAUGCCUUUUUAUGGAAGCACAUUUAGCUCCAGCACUGCACUUCCAGCUCUAACAACUGAAAGAGCACUUCAGGACUUCUUCAUCAUUGCAUCCUUAUACAAUGAAUAACAUUAAUGACAAACAGUAUAUCAACAUUAGAUCACUGAAUUUGUGGAAGCGCAUGUAGAUUGUUUUUAUUGAUCUCAAUAUUAUCUUAUUGGUCUCAUCUAACCAGUAUAGUUGUUGCUUUUUAAUGGACUAAGACUCAGAUAUAAUCACUGUUGUUACAGGUGAGAUGAUAUACGAUGCUAAUAUUACUGCAGCACUGGGGAAAUAUUUGGCGUGAAUGUAAAAGAAUAAAAACUUCAAAUAUUCAAGAAAUAUUAUUUCAAUAUUUUAUAUUUUAUGAAUACUUUCUUUUAACAGAAAAAGAACUACAAAACAACAAUUGAUACCAAUGUAUUACUAAAUGUUGUAAUAUAUUAAAACGUAUUGAAUAUCCAAGGUGUAAAAUAUGGAGUUUAUUUAAGUUCAUUUCAAAUGAAUAAAGGAGUAGGAAAUGGAAAGUCAUUCUCAUAAUAAUCAUUUUUGGAAUGAUCAUUGAUAUUUGUCCCAUCGGUGGACCUGAUGAAUGUUCUUCCUGCACAAAUAAACUAUUUUAAGAAGA